ACCCCUUUUACACAAUCUCACUGCCUGCAGCUGCGUUCACAUGUGAGAUCAAUCCAGAGCCAAUGUAUUCCACUGCUCUCCAAGUGUACUGUAACAUUUGAUAAUUCGCCACUCUGUUAAGGAUUUCAUAAGCUCUGAUAAGACAUUGUGCAAUGCUCCUUAGACAUAUAUGUGAAUUAACUAAGGGUAUAGUUCAUCCGAAAAUGAAAAUUCUGUCAUUAACUCAUACUCGUGUCAUUGCAAACCCUUGUGCAUUUAUUCCUUAUCUUCCCGUAGAACACAAAAGGAGUAGCUAAAUAUUCUUAGUUCUCUUUUUCAUACAGCCAAAGUCAAUUAAAAAGACUGAGGCUGUCGAGAUGAUAAAAAAAACAAAAAAAAAAAAACAACUCCACCAUUACAGUAGUCCGUACAACUUUUGCGUUACAUUCUUUUUGAAGCCAUACAAUGGCUUUGUGUGAGGAACGGACUGAAAUGUAGGUUGUUAUUCACUGAAAACCUUCCCCUCUGCUGCAGCUGUCAAAUCUCAUUCUCCAUUUUGCAUAUUCAAACUCGCACUUGACUGCGACACAUGCAAAACCCAAUGCCGUUUAGCGUUAAUGAUUUUGUCGUGGCGACUCAGGAUUUGUUAUUGUGGGUGAAAUUCCAGAAAGUUGGAGGAGAGGAAGAUUUUCAUUAUAUAACAACUUAAAUUUCAGUCUGUUGCUCACACAAUGCUUUCACAUCACUUCAGGAGACUUGAAAUAUAGCACACAGGUCAUAAAAAAUACAUUUAUGCAGAUUUUUGGUGCUUUUUUUGUCCUUUUGAGCUUGACAGAUGUUGUCACUAUAAACUGUUGCUGUUUGGAAAAGAACUGCGUGAAGAUUAUUUAAAAAUUCUCUUGUGUUCUAUGAAAAAUAAAUAUCAGCAUUUGGGUCUGGAACGACAUGAGGGUGAGUGAAUGAUUUUUAAAAUUUUGGGUGAACUAUCCUUUAUAUGAACUGUUAAUAUGGGCACUCAAGGAUUCGAAAAAGUGUGCGUUCUAGUGAGUUCUAAAAUUAAACGCAAUAAGACCUGGUGUGUUUGGAUUGAUAAAGCCUACAGGAAAUGAUUGAAAUCUCUUGAACAAUUUCUGUUAGGCUUAUUGAGCAAAUUUGAGGUCUCGCUGGUGUGUUUUCAUACAGAACACUGUUCUUCCUGUUUCCUGGCAGGCCGUUCCUCCUGUGCUACCCACCAUGUGCUGUGGGCGAUAAGACCCUAUGUGUGUUCCCUUUUCGCUCUGACACAUUGAACGCUGACCUGGCUGUCUGACGUCCAUAAGCGUCCGCUUUCCCCUUCCCCGCUCUAUAGUUCCUCUGGAAAACUGCUGAAUGUCUGAACAGUCAGUUUUACUGCCUAAAAGUCUGGCAAUAAAUGGAGAAACAUUCACCACUUUUCUACUGCAGGUUUAGAGCUUCUUCAGAAGCAGUCGGUCGGAAACAGCCUGUGGCGGAAACCCAAGGGAAAGCAGUCCGUUUAUCAACACAGAUGAUGAUAAAGGAAACCUCUACGAUGGGAAAAACAUGGCACUUUUUGAGGAAGAGAUGGACAGCAACCCCAUGGUGUCUUCACUCCUCAACAAGCUGGCAAACUACACAAACCUCACGCAGGGCGUCAGAGAGCACGAGGAGGCUGAUGAAGACGAGGGUGCCAAGAAGAAAACUGUUAAGAGUCCGCAGAUGGGGACGUUUAUCGGCGUGUACCUACCCUGCCUGCAGAAUAUCCUGGGGGUGAUUCUCUUCCUGCGAAUGACAUGGAUUGUGGGGACCGCGGGAAUCUUAGAAGUCUUUAUCAUCGUGUCCAUGUGCUGCUCAUGUACAAUGUUGACGGCUAUAUCUAUGAGUGCCAUUGCAACAAACGGUGUUGUUCCAGCUGGAGGUUCUUACUACAUGAUCUCCAGGUCUUUGGGCCCAGAGUUUGGAGGUGCUGUGGGUCUGUGUUUCUAUCUGGGUACCACAUUCGCUGGGGCAAUGUACAUCCUCGGUACUAUCGAGAUUCUCUUGACAUACAUCGUGCCCAGCGCUGCCAUCUUUAAAGCAGAAGAGAAGGAGUAUGAAGCGGAGGCCAUGCUCAAUAACAUGCGUGUUUACGGGACGUGCUGUCUCACACUAAUGGCUCUGGUGGUGUUUGUGGGCGUGAAAUACGUGAACAAGCUUGCGCUGGUCUUCCUCGCCUGCGUCGUGCUUUCCAUCUUCGCCAUCUACGCUGGUGUCAUCAAAACCAUCUUUGAACCUCCAGUUUUUCCGGUCUGUUUGUUGGGCAAUCGCACCCUCCAGAACCACGACUUUGACAAGUGCAUGAAGACAGAUAUAAUUGACAACGUGACAGUCACCACAAAGCUCUGGUCACUCUUCUGUAAAGGUCCGGAGCUCAAUGCCAGCUGCAACGAAUACUUCACGCUCAAUAAUGUCACAGAGAUACAGGGCAUUCCUGGCCUUACCAGUGGAGUUAUUUCAGAGAACAUGUGGGGAAGCUACGGCCCCGCUGGGAUGCUGGUGGAGAAGCCCGUGCCGUCAGUGGCGGCUGCCGACAGCUCACAGGACAUGUACAUGCCAUAUGUCGUCAAUGACAUCACCACAUUCUUCACACUACUGGUGGGAAUCUACUUCCCCUCCGUCACCGGUAUCAUGGCUGGAUCCAACAGAUCUGGAGAUCUGAGAGACGCUCAGCGGUCCAUUCCCAUCGGAACCAUUCUCGCCAUAGCAACCACCACCAUCAUCUAUCUUUCCUGCGUCGUGUUGUUUGGCGCCUGCAUCGAGGGUGUGGUGCUCCGAGACAAGUUCGGUGACUCUGUGAAGGGGAAUUUGGUGAUUGGCACACUGUCCUGGCCCUCCCCCUGGGUGAUCGUGAUUGGCUCUUUCUUCUCCUGCUGUGGGGCGGGGCUUCAGAGUCUCACCGGCGCCCCCCGACUGCUGCAGGCUAUCGCCCGAGACGGCAUAGUGCCCUUCCUCGAGGUGUUUGGUCAUGGUAAAGCCAACGGUGAGCCUACCUGGGCUCUUCUGCUGACCGCUCUGAUCUGUGAGAGUGGAAUUCUCAUUGCUUCGCUUGAUGCUGUCGCUCCAAUCCUUUCCAUGUUCUUUCUGAUGUGUUAUUUGUUUGUGAAUCUGGCAUGCGCUCUACAGACACUGCUGAGAACGCCAAACUGGAGGCCACGCUUCAAAUUCUACCACUGGGCUCUUUCUUUUCUCGGCAUGAGUUUGUGUCUUGCUCUGAUGUUCAUCUCAUCAUGGUAUUAUGCUCUGGUGGCCAUGCUGAUCGCUGGAUGCAUCUACAAGUACAUCGAAUACCGCGGGGCGGAAAAGGAAUGGGGCGACGGGAUCCGCGGUCUGUCCCUCAACGCAGCGCGCUUUGCUCUCAUUCGAUUGGAGGAGGCUCCACCACACACUAAAAACUGGAGACCUCAGCUGCUGGUUCUGCUCAAUCUGGACUCUGAGCUGUCUGUCAAACACCCUCGACUUCUGUCAUUCACUACACAGCUGAAAGCAGGAAAAGGUCUGACCAUCGUGGGUUCAGUUCUGGAGGGCACGUACUUGACUAAAGAGGCAGAGGCCAAGAGAGCAGAACAGAACAUAAAAGCAGCAAUGACGGCGGAGAAGACAAAGGGCUUCUGUCACGUUGUGGCAUCGUCAAACCUGCGUGACGGCAUCUCUCACCUCGUCCAAUCAGCUGGUCUCGGAGGAAUGAAGCACAACAGUGUUCUGAUGGCUUGGCCGGGUAGCUGGAAACAGUCGAACGACCCACAGUCGUGGAAAAGCUUCAUAGAAACCAUUCGAGAGACCACUGCGGCCCAUCAGGCUCUGCUGGUGGCGAAGAACGUGGACAGUUUCCCUCAUCAAGAGCGACUCAAGGAAGGAACGAUUGACGUGUGGUGGAUCGUUCAUGACGGCGGGAUGCUGAUGCUGCUGCCCUUCUUAUUGCGACAGCACAAGGUGUGGAGGAAAUGCAAGAUGCGCAUUUUCACCGUGGCUCAGAUGGACGACAACAGUAUCCAGAUGAAGAAAGAUCUACAGAUGUUCCUUUAUCACCUGCGUUUGGAUGCUGAGGUGGAGGUCGUGGAGAUGCAUGACAGUGACAUCUCGGCGUUCACGUAUGAGAAGACGCUGGUGAUGGAGCAGCGCUCACAGAUGCUCAUACAGAUGCAGCUCUCACGGACGGAGAGGGAAAGAGAGAUUCAAAGCAUCACUGACGAAUCACGUAGUUCCAUUCGGAGGAAGCACCAGAGCGGAGCGCACAGCUCGGGCGUCAAUAAUCAGAGCUCCCAACUAGAUGACGCUAACCAAGAUGAGGCCCAGCUGAUCCACGACAGAAAUACGGCUUCUCACGCCGCACUAAAUGACAAGGCCGAUGCAACGCCAGAGCGAGUCCACAUGACCUGGACCAAAGAGAAGUUCUUCACCGAACGCAAUCGUAACCGAGAGCCCUUUGCAAGCAUGGCUGUACGGGAUCUUUUCAACAUGAAACCAGAAUGGGAGAGUCUAAACCAGUCUAACGUGCGUUGCAUGCACACGGCUGUGAAACUGAAUGAAGUGGUGGUCAACAAGUCGCAGGGGGCGCACCUCGUCCUCCUCAACAUGCCUGGACCUCCGAGGAACAGGGGCGGUGAUGAAAACUACAUGGAGUUUCUGGAGGUUAUGAUGGAGGGUCUCAAUCGGGUCCUGUUGGUGCGCGGAGGUGGCCAGGAGGUCAUAACCAUAUAUUCAUAAAAUCGAGUGUGGUCCAAUGACCUACCGGCAAGAAUUUUGCUUUUUUUCACAGCAUAGCCGGGCGUCAAGCAUUCUGUGCCAUUACGCCCAGCUGUGAGUUUGUUGACGUAUUUGGCCCUCGUGAAGAGAGCCCACAUGAAGCACCAAUAAAAAGCGAGACGGAACAAAUGAGUGGCGAGAAGACCACCGGCUCGAUUUAUAACGCAGCAUACCGACACUUUAAUUUAUGGCUCAUUAACUUGACUUGUUUUAACGUUUUCUUUUAAUUGUUCGUACAAUCUAUGCUAGGUUUUUAUGUCUGUUCAUGGUGUAACAUUUGCCUAUGGUAAUGUGUAUACAAACAUAAUCUGUUGUUGCUUUUUUGUUUUGUUGAUUUCUGCUUCGUUUGGUUUUUACGAAGGUGUGUAAAAUCCGACUUCAGUGUUCAUAACCAAAGUCUGUUUUAGUGUGCUGAACGAUGUGCAGCUGCUGUGUCGAGUCAUGGAACCAAGUUUUUAAAAUGUGAACAUUUGAACAUUGCUUACAAAGCUAAUGCUAAAUGUGUGUCUACAGCGCAAGUUACACGCAAACCUGUUUGAUAUUGAUUCAUCCAUAACGCGUCCAUCGGCAUCCAUUGUGGCUCUGCGAUGCUUUUUUGUUUCCAUAAGUUAGCUUCGAUUAAAAUUGUCGCUUGAAACCCAAACUAAUAUCCACCUGUAAUGAGUCAGACGGCGGUCAUUAAAAUGCGCUUUUUCCCGCCAUAUAACCAAUCCAUAUCAGAGAUGUGUAAAGACGUGGUUCUUAUUUUGAUAUCAAGGGAAUGUUUGAGUUAAUCGCGUUGGCUAAUUUUCUAGCCAUCGUUGGCGGUGCAAUGUGUGGAUGUUGGUUGUGGUCAAAAUUGUUACGUUACUGAAUAGACUCUAUUAUAUGGCAUGUGCAAUAACUUGUUUUUAUCACCAAGGCCUCACUGGCCUAACAAAGCAUCAAGUUACCAAGGGUUUUGUUUUAUAAUAGCUGAAUAGAAUACUAACAACGUUUUACGAUAAUAGCCAUAACAUAUGACGGGCACUUGUACCAUUAUUUAUAUAUAUAUAUAUAUAUAUAUAUAUAUAUAUAUAAUGGUAGUGUGUGUGUGUGUGUGUGUGUGUGUGUGUGUGUGUGUGUAUGAUGCAAAGUUUUUGAUCCAACUUGGCAUAAACCACUGAAAUCAGCUGGUAAUCAUUACUAAUUACUCUACUUUCUGAAAACAUUUCAAAGAAAAGUUUGUUUUUCCGCGCAACAUUCAAAAUAGUGUCUAUAUUUCCUCCUUGCUCAUUGUUGCACUCAAGUCCCAUGUGUUUCUUAUUUACAAUGACUUAUUAGUGACUCUUCAGCUGUCACAGAAAUGCAAACAGUAUUGUACAUAAAAAAAUAAAGUAAUAACCGAAGUAAUGUACCUUUAAAGUAACUAAUUGAAAGUCAGUAACUCUGUUCACACGAAUUUAAAAUGUAAUGCAUUGCACUCCUUUUUGACUGAAAGUAAUUGGAUUACAGUAACUAAUUACUUAUCUGGUUACACCCAAAACUGGCGACAUGAACAUCCGUUGACGCUGCAACAGAGUUGAGAAGAGUUUGACUUUAUGCAACGUUGAGUGACAAGACACAUUGGUCUAAAAUGCCUUUCCACAUAGCUGUAUAUCCAACAUCAGAUUUGUUCUGAUUGACUGUGAUUAUGCUGCAUUUUCUCUUUCAAUGUGGCCAAAUUAACGACAGUGUACGUUAUUUAACAUGUACAUUAAGUAGAUUUAAUGUCCUCUUAAUCUGAUCAUUCAGAAAUAUAGGAAGACAAGUGCCAAAAAUACAGGAAAGGAAACUGGAAAAGUUCAUUCAUGCUGUCAAAUGUAGUGGAAAUGUCACUAAAUAUGUUAUUUUAGUAAUGGGCAUUAGAAUGGCUCCAACUGGCUGAUAUUUUUUCCGUUUUCAACAGCUGUGUGCAAUAUAUUCAAAGGCAUAGAAAGACUACUCUUCUAAAGCCUUAGGGCCUGAGAAAACCAGAGUCCACCUCACUGGAUUGACUUUGACAGUUUCUUUGAACCCCCCAUCAGCGCUGCUGUAUUUUGUUACGAGAACAAUGUAUUUUUUCUGCAUUGUGUUGUCAUAGAGAAGGCUGUUGUUAUCGAUAUGGUUAUUGUAGUUCAUUUUAUUUGUGUUGUUUCAGGAUGUAAUGUCUACACUGCACUGUGUUGAAGAUGUAGUGAAUUUUAGGACAUGGGAAAAGAGUGAAAUUGUCUCUUUUUUUAAUUCUGUGUUCAUAUUAUGUGGUCAUUUCUAUUUCUCACUGAACAUGUAAUUCAGGCAAUAGUUUUCCAGCCAAGGUGUUUGUAAACUGGGAACUGAGCGAGCUUUUUAAUCAUAAGGAGAUAGAAAGGUUUGGAAACUGAUUCUACUUACAAACAUGCUGUUCAGCUGUUUCUUUUUUAACAUUUUUAAUAAGCAAAGAUACAAUAAAAUCUUUGUGUAAUCUGUGGUUAAGCUGCUAGUUGUUCAGAUCAAAAUGUAAAUAUCAGAAUAAAGCAUGAGCUGGUGAGCUGAGGAGGAUGAUGAUGAUGAUGAUGAUAAUGACGAUGGAGACUAUGCUGGAUGGAGCAUCUCAAGGCUGGAGUUCCUUAUGUAGUUUGCUCAGCCUGAUCUCAUGAAAACUACGUGACUGUGGCGGCAUUUUGCAAAAUUGCAUUACUUGAUUCAUUACACGCAUCGCAGCAGCUCUGAGGUGAAAUGUCCACUGUGUGGCACUAAAAGCGAGUUAACGUUCUCCUAGACAGAUGCGGUUUUUAAAGUCAAUACUCUAUCGAGUUUUAAAUCAACAAAACCGACCUCUCUACCCUAAACCUUAAACCUAACCAAUAAUGUCAGAAAAAGCAAAUGUGGGGUGCCUGGGUAGCUCAGCGAGUAUUGAUGCUGACUAACACCCCUGGAGUCGCGAGUUCAAAUCCAAGGUGUGCUGAGUGACUCCAGCCAGGUCUCCUAAGCAACCAAAUUUGCGCGGUUGCUAGGGAGGGUAGAGUCACAUGGGGUAACCUCCUCAUGGUCACGAUUAGUGGUUCUCGCUCUCAAUGGGGCGCGUGGAUCGUGGAGAGUAGCAUGAGCCUCCACAUGCUGUGAGUCUCCGCGGUGUCAUGCACGACGAGCCACGUGAUAAGAUGCGCAGAUUGACGGUCUCAGAAGCGGAGGCAACUGAGACUUGUCCUCACUAGUCAUGCGCUAUAGUAAAUAUGUUUAGAUGUCAUAAGAUAGUGUUGUGUGAGGGACAGGCUGAAAAGUAAGUGUUUAUGAACUGAUAAUCUUCCGUUUUACUCGUCAGUGUUGUUGUAGCGCCUCUAGUGUUCAUUUCACCAAGAAACUGCAACGAUACGAACAAUCAGCCAUGUAAAAAUCAUUGAGCAAAAAUGCAGGUAUAGUAAUGUGAUUCUGUGAGUCCAGAAAUGUUUCAUUAUAGUCGGGCCCAUACAAAAUCGUCCCCCACAGAACUGCUUCCCGAGUUUCCGUGAAAAAAGAGGUUCUGUGCAUAUUAUCCAUUGCAAUGAUUACACCAUUUCCAUAGGACAUCUUGUGAGCUUCAGUGUAAUGACCCCACUGCAACAUUUAUGUGUCAUCCGAUUACAAAGUCAAAAAAGUAGUGUGAUGUAUUACAAUUUAAAUUCUUGCAAUCAGAUUACAGGUACUGAUUUUAACAUUUGAGUACAUUACUAGGGUUGCACAUAUUUCUAAAAUAAUGUUUAUUUACAUUUAAAAUGUGGAUUAUGUUCAUAUUUACAUCUGUUUACGUGUUUGUGACAGCUGAAGGGGCAACACAAAUGAACAAGUAGAAAAUAUAGACUUUAUUUGGAAUUCAUUGAGCGAAAAAAGAAAACGUUUCUUUGAAAAUUGUUUUAGAAAGUAACUUAAAGUAAUGCAGUUAGUAAUGUAAUUAGUAUUCCCAUGAGGUAAUCAGUAAAUACUCGGAUACAAUUUUAGAGUAGUGGUUUGUAACUUGUAAUGGAUUACUAUUUUGAGUAAUUUACCUAAGUAAUUUGCUUCCCCACUGUAAUUUUACAAAUAUGGCUAAUUUGAUUGUUUUCUGUUAUCAAUAACAGUGUGGCACUUUCAGCUCUAUUUAACAUAUACUAAUGAAAUCAGUGCUGCAGAAUUCCACAGAUUUUCCCUAAAAUCGGCACAGAAUUUUUUUCUUUUUUUUUUAAAGUGUGCAUAUUCCGUUUGGGUCUGAUCAUAGAUCACACAGUGUCAUCUACCUCAAAUUGGCUGGUGUGAUGUGUUUUACUCACGUCCAGUGUUGUGCAAACUUUGUGUAUUUUCCUUUUUAAAAUAAAACUCAUUGGCCAUUUCAGAUUAGCAUCUGUUUGAUAGACCACAGGUGUGUGUGUGUGUGAGAGAGAGAGAGUAUUCGUCUGUUUAAUGUAUCUGAAUGUAUUGUCUCUGAUGUGAGUGUCAGGAGAUCGUCUUCACCCAGAGGCUGCUCUCAGGUCAGUUUUCCUCUGCUCUGCUGUUUGUUAAAGGGGUAAAACUGAUCUAGGAACUGCCCUAUCAGAAGUACUCUCUACCUGUGGAAGGUUCAUCAGAAUCUGUUCUGAUCCGUGACAGGCGACCAUCACAGAUUGUGUUAGGCUGUUUCUCAUGGGUGUAUGUAGUGAAGGAUCUCCCUUUAAGAUAAAUUUGUGCCUCUGAGUUAUUUGAAUAAAAGUGCUACUCGAUGUCAGAACGUUUGUGUCUUGAUUGUUUUGUUGGUUAAUUAUAUUUUUCUUGCAGGAAAAAGAAGUUGCUCUGGUAAUGAUGCUACAUCAGUGAGUUUUUUAGUAAACUCUCUAAAGACGGUGUACUGUAAAUGUACUUCUAGAUCAUAGCGUGACAUAUAUAUACACUAGGUCAGGGGUUUUGAAACUUCUCAAUGCCAAAGACCCUCAAAUAUGAUGAACCCCUUAUGAGGGACCCCCUAUCUAAAAUAUAAAGACAACUUCAUAUUUUCAUGUAUAAAGACCCAGUUUUGUUGUGUGAGAAAAAUAGUAAAUGUCAUAUACAGAUAAUAUGUUAGCCAAAGUAAAUAAUUGUACUU